AUGUGUGAAGCACUCAAUUUGUCUUUAUUUAGCCCAAAAAAGGACUUGUGUGAUAUUUGUGAGUCUUACAAAGCUGGUAAUGUUUCAGAUAUUGACUAUAAGACUCAUCGUGAUAAGAAAGACGAGGCUCGAAAAGAACUCGCUAAGGAAAUUUUCACGGAACACGAAGUCCUUACCAUGGAUUUACAAUCCGUGCUUUUAAGCCCACGUUCGAAUGUUUCGCCACUCUACUAUACGACCAAACUCAUUGUGCAUAAUUUCUCACUUUACGAUUGUAAAAGAAAUUGGGGCUACUGUUAUAUUUGGAACGAAUGCGAAGGAAAACUGACGAGCAAUGAAUUUUCGACUAUAAUCGUGACAGCUCUCGAAAAGUUGAGGACACAAAACACAACGCAACAUAAUAAGGAAAUAAUUAUCUACAGUGACGGUUGUACCUACCAGAACCGAAAUGUGGUACUAUCGAAUGCUCUACUGAAUUACAGCAUGGAAAAGAAAGUAACCAUCAAACAGAAGUACCUCGAAAAAGGGCAUACGCAAAUGGAGUGCGAUAGUAUGCACUUGGUCAUAGAAAGAGCGUUAAAAAAUAAAAAGAUAAAUAUUCCGGUCGACUAUGUUUACAUAGCCAAAACUGAUUGCAAGAAAAAUCCCUAUGACGUACAGUAUCUCUAUCACCACUUCUUUAAAGAUGUUGAACAUACUUUGGAGUUCUACAAAUCAAUCAGACCUGGAAAAAAACAGGUGACCCUACAGUCACAAACAUAA